AUCUGGAGAAAGGUAUGGUAGAUGAGCAAGAUAAACUGCUGCCCAUAGCAAAUGUGGGCAGAAUCAUGAAACAAAUUUUACCACCCACCGCCAAGAUCUCCAAAGAAGCCAAGGAGACGAUGCAAGAGUGUGCCUCGGAGUUCAUAUGUUUUGUAACUGGCGAGGCAUCUGAAAAGUGUCAGAAGGAGAAUCGCAAGACGGUAAAUGGAGAUGACAUCUGUUGGGCUCUUGCAUCUUUAGGGUUUGAUGACUGCUCAAAUGCUGUUAUGAGUUACUUGAAUAAGUUUAGGGAGUUUGAGAGGGAGAAAGCUGCUGCCAACCAAAUUAAUGAAAACAAUGUUGAUGAAGCUGCUGCUGGAUCUUCCAAUAGUUGUAAAAGGAUAUAUCAUUCCAAGUAAUCUUCACUAGAGUUUGAUGACUUUAGAUUGAAGGACAAACUUCUCAAUUCUCACACAUAUCCUCCUUGAGCAUAUGUAACCCUUUUCUUCAAUUUGUAAGCUUAGAACUUCAUUAUCUUUGACAAGGAUUCAUAUCCAUUAACGAAUCCAUCAAUAAGGUAAUUGUGUAAGUCCUUUACUAUCAAUAUCAAAUACACACACCAACAA